UUACCUUUUUUUGGUAGUUUUUAAUAAGUUACUCUGAAUUGUAUUGACUCGUAGACAAAGUUCGGAAUCAGUUGCGUUGUUUUUAUUGACGUGUAAAAUAUUCUGAGGGAGAGAGAAAGAAAAAAAAUUAAUAAUUAAAAACUCUGAAUUGCUAUUUCUUUUAAAUAAAAAUAUUCUCCCAAAAUUGAAACCACUUAGAAGCCAAAUAAAAUGUAAAUAUUAAAUUUAGUUUUGUUGCUAACCAAGUUAUGUACAUACAUAGAUUUCGUUUAAACGUUAGAAUUAAAUGAUUUAGUCAAAUGAAAAUAAAUUAUUUACACACAGAGCACUAGAAAUGAUUGUAUCGACAAUGUUGGAUAAGAUUCCGUCUGUCCCGAUGACGUCACUGAUUAGUUAAUUGAUUAAGGAGUCCAGGACACUCCCUGGCAAUCUUUUAGCGACAACCUUCACACAGCUGUGGAACUCCGGUUAUUUCGGUUGCUUAAUUGGAUAUAAUGUUGUUAUUUUUGUGACUGUGUCAUAGUUGUAUAUUUUUUUGUGUAAGUUCAUUUUGUUGGAAAGCAGAAAACCAAUUCUUUUUAGUAUUCAAUUUGAAAUAUUCACGUGAUUUGACGUCUUUUUAACAAACGUUUAAUUAGAUUUUUUUGUGUCUUGAAUUAAAAAUGUCUUUGUUAAAAAUCCGCUGUUAGGCAGAAUCAUACAAAACUAUCCAGCUGACAAAGUUUUGUAUGGGAGGACAAAACUAAAUACAUUAUAAUAUAUGAAUUAAUGGCUUAAAUGGGGAUCAAUAAAUUAAUCUAAAUAUCAUAUACCUACUAAUUGAAACCCCUAGUAUCCCUAUCACUCUUAUACUCAGUUUACGUCAAGUUACGAAUAUCGCGAGCAAUAAAUUACAAAUUGACAAUUAACAAUAAUAUACUGUAUUCUUUUGUUUGUUUAUCAUGUCGCUGUAUUUUUCCUGUUGGGGUGGGCAGAGCUCCAAGUAUCGGUAUUUGGCACUAUACGAGACGCUGUUAGAUUGGCCAUUGUUUAGUGUAUUAUGUAAUCUAUAUUAUUAAACUUGUUAACGCGAAAGUGUUUGUUUGCUGCUUUUAGGGAGAGCAAGGAGCGAGUCCAGCGCGCGCCCUUCGAGACCGCCCUGCACCACGCCGGUUACGGCUGCUUCCAAUGGCUGCUGCUGAUGUCGUGCGGCGCCAUCUACGCGGUGUGCGCGCUCAGCACCACCACGCUCAGCUUCGUGCUGCCCGCCGCAGAGUAUGACUUCCAUCUCUCCUCCAGCGACAAGGGACGGCUUACUGCCACGCCGCUUAUUGGUAUGUGCGUGGGCUCAUACUUCUGGGGUAACCUAGCAGACGCUAGAGGCCGUAAGAAGGCCAUCAUCGGGGCGCUCCUGCUGGACGCCCUCGCCGCCUUCCUCUCCAGUCUGGUGCAGUCAUUCCCCGCUUUCUUAGCGUGCAGGUUCUUCUCUGGGUUCGGCAUCAUCGGCGCCACCGGCCUCAUCUUCCCUUACUUCGGAGAUUUCCUGUCUCUCAGGCACCGGGACGUCAUGCUGUGCAGGCUUGAGGUCUUCUGGACAUUUGGCACCAUUCUGUUGCCAGGCAUCGCAUUCCUCAUCAUCCCUGACUCCCGGUUCAACCUGACGGCGGUGGGGGCUGACUUCCAGUACACUUCGUGGCGGGUCUUCGUGGCGGCGUGUGGGAUCCCCAGCCUGCUGGUGGUGCUGCUCCUCAUCCCCUUCCCCGAGAGCCCGCGCUACCUGCUCUACGCCAACAAGGCGGAGCAAGCCCUCACCGUGCUGCAGAGGAUAUUCGUUGUUAAUACUAAGCUUAGUGAGAAGGACUUUCCAGUGGAAUCCAUGAUAAGUGCAUAUGAAGGCGAGGACGAGGAGGUGGUGUCAGCAGACACGAACGGCAACGAGACGAAGGCGCCGCUGACGUGGAGCCAGCGCUGGGACGCGUUCUGGGUGCGCAAGAAGAUGCUCGUCACGCCGCCGUACAUCGGGCUGCUCGUGCUCUGUUGCUUCGUGGACUUUGGUCUUAUGUUCAGUUACUACACACUGAUGAUGUGGUUCCCGGACCUGUUCGAGAGGUUCAGCCAGUUCUCGUCACUGUAUCCUGACGUGUCAGCGGGAGUCUGCGAGGUCUCACUCGCUCUCGCCAAUGACACCGCCGAGUUGGCUGGCAAGCUGCAGACCUUGGACGACAAGGUGUACAUCCACACGCUGGUGGUGGCGCUGAGCUGCGUGCCCACCGCGCUAUGGGUGGGACUCACCAUCAAUGUAGUGGGCAAGAAGCUUAUGUUGGUAAUGAUGUUGAUCAGCUCCGGGCUGGCGGCGCUGGGGCUGAACCUGGUGCGAUCCUCUCUGGAGAACCUCAUACUGUCCUGCGUGUUUGAGGCCAUCGUCAGCUGCACGGAGGCUGUGCUGUUCUGUGUCAUCUGCGAGAUAUUCCCUACUAAAGUCGCUGCCACGGCUAUGGCGGUGACGGUCAUGUGCGGCCGGAUAGGCGCCAUCGUUGGCAACGUCAUAUUCGGAGCCCUCGUCGACGAGUACUGCAAAGUACCCAUCUACAUGUUCGGAACGUUGCUUAUAUCGAGCGGGUUGCUGUGUAUAAUACUCCCCAAGAGUACGCGCCCCGAGCGACCGACGUGAAGCCGCAUAGUAAUAGCGUUAUAUUUUUAUAUCAAUUAAAUAAUUAUAUCCACAACA